UCUACAAUUAAUGAAUUUAUAUGAAUUUGAAUAAUUGUGACCCAUUAUGUUCAAUAUAAUUCACCAAGUCCAUGCACAUUACGGCAUGGGCUAUUAUAUUCUCCUCAUGCCUAACUCAUAUAUAAGCAUUUAGCUCACUAAACGGUGCAAUAAGCCCAAAUAUCACGGUACAAUUAUAAAAUAAUUUUCUAAGGCCAACUAUUUGCACGGCUGCUUACCAUGCUAAAAAAAACUAUCUUGAACACAAAAAAAAAAAAAACAAUUAAAGAAGCUCUAAUAUACACCAUGCAAUUGGGAUUAACAAGAGAUUUGGGUUUCAAGGCCUCCUAUCUGUUUAUUAGACCAACUGCAUUUGGAUACCUGUACUAUUUCACACCACUAAAGAAAUAACACAGGUUUUGUUGAUAAAAAAAUAACAUUUGGCAAUUAUUUUCUUUUUUGAGUUAUCUAUCUACACAAUAUAUAAUUCUAACACUAAUAUAAAGAGGUUCUCAUAUAAAUAAGUUUAUUUCUAUAUUUUCAACCCUCUAAGUGAUAUCCAUUUUGAUAUGUUUUAGAUAUUUUUUUUACGUCAUCUUACCACUAUCAUAUCACGAUAGUCAGUGGUAUGAUGUUGAUAUGACAAUGAUAUAAUGUGAUAUGAUCCUGAUUAGCACCAUAAACAAUCUAGAAUGGAGUCGACAAGGAGCUAUAUCGUCAAGCCAAAAGGACCUUAAAAAUUGGCUAAGUGUUCUCCCUGUUUCGGGUUACCUAGUUGGCAAGCUUGGUCGUUCGAAAUGGCUCGAUAGAAAUCCAAAGGGAGGAUCCAGAAUGAAAUUUAAAGUGUUGUUCUAUGAUUCCCAAGGCUUGGAAGGGCCAUCACAAGAGUUCAAGGUCGUUUUCCAGGUCUCUCUACUUGUUAUGGCAGAACCGAGAAACUGGCCAGAAUUGGCUAAGUCUGGAAGACAGUUCGAGAGGGCUACUUUGAAGAGCCACUCGAGAUGGAAGGAGGAGAAUCAAGCUGCUAGGUUUGUGCCACACGAAAGUGGAUGUUUCCUUCUCCAGCCUGAAGGAAUUGGUUGAGCACAUACACACCUGGAAGGCCUCGAUCGAGCGAGCACAAGAUCGAAGGAAGCCUUGUUUUGGAGGACUGGUGCUCAGCAACUCCGAAUCCGUUUUGGAUUAGAAUUAUGUGUUCUUUUUGGUUUUGACUUCCAUUUUUUUGUGUUUUAGAACAAUUAGGUUUUCCCUUUUGAAAUGUACGCAUAGAUAGGUCUAUUUAAACUCGUUUUCAAGGCAUUGUAAGGCAGAUCUUGAGAGUUAGAAUUCCAGUUUUGGAGUUUCGUUCAUUAAGCUUUUGUGCUUGUGAAUUGGUUGAAUUGCUUGGAGUAAUCCGAGAGUUCAAGAGCUUGUAUCGAUCGAGUGAUUCCCCAUCGAUCGUGGCCAGCAUCGACGUAUACUCUUCGAGCCCUCUUCCGCGUGUAAGACUGCACAAGAGUUCCGUUCCCGCGUCAACAACCUCCGCCCCUGUUUUUCUGUUUGUGUUCGUACAAUUCUCAAAUUUGAACAAGUUGCGCGAGUUCAAUCACGAUCCUAGCGCCUAGGGUCGUAUUAUAAUGUUGACAUAAUAUUGGUAUGAUAGGGAUAUGGUGUUGAUAUGAGGUCUUAUAUUUAUCAAAAUAAUUUGAUGACAUCAUAUCUGUAUCAUAUCAUGAUAUUAUCAUUAGAUCAUAUAACGAUAAUAUUAUGAAUAGUUAUUCACCUAUAAGUUACUAAUGGGUUCCGCUCCCAAAAAAUAGGGGUUAGGACUUAGGAGUGUAAACAACACUUGUAGAAUUGGCCUACUUGCAUAUCAAGUGGACCAACAUGAAAUAUUACCAUUUGAUGUUGGGUUAUAUAUAUGCCCUUCUACUAUGAUGUUUUAUCAAACAUGUUCCUCUACUAUUUUUUACAUCAAACAUGCCCUUCUGUUAAAAUUUCUAUUGAAAAAAUCGUCAAUCAUGGUUGAACCGAGAUUUAGACGACCCAACAGGCCAACAUCGACAAAUGGGAGGGAAAAUAAAAGUUUUGACCCCUAUUUUAUUUCUCUAGGUCUCGUCAAAGUGAAAUUAUUAGAAUUAUUUGGCCAUACAUAAAAUGAGAACCAUGUUCAAUUGUAAAAUAGAAACAAAUUUAAAUAUGUUUGUAAUAUUAGACGUUUGAAAUUAAAUCAAUUAAAUGAUAGUGAUAAGAAUCCUUAUCUACAGAGUCUCCCCUCAACUAACUUAUAGUUGAUAAACUAAUUUUAUCAUGACCUUUAGCAAUUAGUGUUACAUGUAGGAAAUCUAGAAAAGUGAAAUAUUAAUAUAUAAACUUCUUUGAAUAUUUCACAAUUUUUUUAUUGAUCAUCUUAUCAUCAUUACCAUAUUCUUCGCCUACGAUUUUUUCUCAUCUACAAUGCUUGUUCCUCGCAUAAAUUAUCGUAGAUAGA